AUGGAAGCCCAAGAAAUUACUUGUAGCAGACAAGGAUGUCUGUACAAGCCCAUUUGUUGCUGGGAGAAAGAGGAUGAGGAAGAGUGGUUAUGUUUGUGGCAUUGGGAUCGACAUAUUGAGACAUUUAAAAGAUCACACCAAUAUGUGGAUGUCUUGGAUAUCCUUUCAAUAACUAAGAACGAUAUUAAGUUUAUAAGAAACGCACAGAAAGUUAUUAAAAAAGUCUUUGCUCAGAAAGAAAGUAAUGAAAAGGAUCAGUUUCAUUUAAAGGUAUAUGGUUUAGUAAGAGAAUAUCUUGAGAGGAGAUUUAAAUCUUUAUGGAAUAAAUGAAAAUGGAAAUAUGAUAUGAAAGACUAUUGAAAAGAGGAUCCGAGAUAUUUACAGAAAAGAAUAGUAAAAAAGAUACUGAUGAAAGAAAAAUUCUUAGAAGAGAAGGAGAUGGAUUUUAAUUAUAAUCUUUUAUCCCGAUAUUUAGAUCCAAAAACAUUAUUUGAACUUCUAUCAAUUUCUAAUGAAAAUAUUGGACAACUCUCUUUGUGUAAAAAUCAGAUAUCUACAGAAGAGACCAAAGAAGACAUUUGCUUUUUAUUUUGAGAGGAGAUAAGAUCUUGAAUUUUUGAGAGCUAUUAUUUAAUUGAGUGAAUUUACAACAAGAAGGAAUGAUCUCACAGUUCCAACCUUUCCAAGAACAUACUUGUUGUUAUAAAUGCAGAGAAAGCUCUCUAUAGGUCCUAUAGUAAUAACAAAGCUAGGGUAAAAGAGCCUAAUGCUAGAGAAAAGGUAUUUGCUUAUAAUAUUCUAAAAGAAAAUGAUGAUUUACCUGAUAACGAUAGUAUUAAUCAUCAUGAUAAUGCUUGAAAAAUUGAGGACUCAAAUAUAACGCUGAACUCUGCUGAGCAAGAAGAGAUUCUCGAAUCUUAUUAUAGAUAUUUGAAAAUAAACUCAACCUUGAUAGAGAAUAAUUGCUUCAAAGAUAUUAAAAUUCAUCAAAUUAAAAACUAUUGGCUGAAUAAAAAGAACACUCCGUAUGAACCAUAUAUUGAUGUGACUAAUUCAGCUCCUAUUUGCGAGCAUUAUGAAGAAUGAAUUAAAGAAUCCUUCUACUAUCUUCCUGAAAUAUGAAUUAAUCUCUGAUUCAAGCAUAGGUUUCACAAGACUUACACCUUUUGCACUAAAUAUCUUCCACUCUUCAAAUUAAAUCUCAGAAUGAUUUUAGAAAUAUUCAAUAUCCUCCAAAGCGAAGCAUGCACAAAAUGUAUCCAGAGGUUUAAUUCAUUAAAUAUGAUACUCGAAGAUUCAAUUCUUUAUGCAAAAUCCACUGCAUAUGAAAUUCGUGGUGGAUGUUUUGUGUUAAUUCAAAAUGAAAUAUUAAUGAAUUGAGUCGAAUGGUGAGAAUCUUUGAGCAAAAUUAGCGAUUCUUAUGAUAUUAAGCCAAUUAUAUCAAAAUUAAUUGAUGAUAAUUUAGAUUCAGAUAUUUUGAAUUCUGAACACUAUUGGGUCCCAACUUUGAAUGACUGUGAAAGAAAUAUUAAUUUAAUUGGAAAUAUGUUAAAAAUAGAGAUCCUAGAAUAUAUCAUGGAGAAUAGGUUUCCUACAUACUGGAGUAAUAAGCAAGUUGAUUCAAAAGCCGAAGAAAUUAUAGAGUAUUUACAAAAGGAUUAUGUCUAUAAAGAACUUGAGACUAAUUUCAAAAAGAUUGAAUCUAAUGUAGAUGCCAUUUCUACACAGAAAGAAGAGAAUAGUUGCUUUUCAGUUUCUGAACCAAAUAGGCAAAUGAUACCAAAUAGUCAAUAUAAAUCUAAACAUGCAUUUACGAGGAAAUAUCCUGACUCAUAUGAAGAAUCAUUGGAAUCAUCUUCGGAUAUUCUUGCUUGUGAUCCUAAUCAAAAAGGCAAGCCUCACGAAGAGAAUAUUUCUUAUGAAAAUUUGAGCUCCGAUGAAUAUUUAAACCAAUAUGAUGAAAGUGAUUAUUCGCUGGAUGGAAAUAAUUGAGAUAACAUCCAAAAUACAGUAUCUCACAAAACAGACGAUUUCAAAGUAGAAAAUACUUCAAGUUCAAUAAAGACAUCUACUUCUAAUUCAAACUUCAUGACUGAUAUUGAAAAUAAUGAUACUUCUUAUGGCUCAAAAUCCAAAAAUUUAUCUGGAUCUAGCGGAAAAGAGGAAAGCAAGACCCAAAAUCUCAAAUCUUCCGAGACAAAUAGCUCAAAAGUGUGAGAAAAGACUGGUUUAGUUGAAAAAUACACUGAAGAGGAAAUUAAAUACCUUGUCGAUGAAGCUGAACAAGAAAUUUAUUCAAUAAGAAAAAGUUAUUUGUGCCAAUUCAAAUAUAAGUCUCUUUCUGAAUACUUUAUAAAGAAAAAGCUAUAUAAACUGAAAUUGUGAAAGUCAGAUGAUCUGGUGCUUUCUGAAUUUGAUCUUUCUAAUUUUGGUGAUUUCAGAGAAUUUGCUUCAGAUCCAAGAUGGAAAGAUCAAAUCUCAAUAUCCUCUCAGAAUAAAAUCACGGUAAAAUUAAACAUAAAAAAGAAUAUAAAAAUUCUUUCAUUUAUUAAAAAAAGACCAUGUGAGUUUGAGAUAUUUGAGUUCAAGAUUCAUGAUCCAGAACAUGCCGUUGCAAAUAACUUUCUAGCAAAUUAUUUUCCAGAAAACUGUGGAUAUUUUAAAUUAUCUGGAGUAGCUUGUCCUUUUUUACGAAUUAAUUACUACUUCGAUUCUAUAAUAAACCUAAGUAGUAGAGUCACUCAAGAACUUUAUAUUCUCCGUUGGAGAUUAAGUCAGCACCAAAUGGUGACUCUUUUUAAAGAGUUUAAACAUGUUCGCUCUUUAUUAAUUAUAGUCUGAAGCAUCGACCUCGAAUCUGUACCUGAAUUCGGAGAUUCCCUUGAAGGAUCAAACAUAAAGGAGUUAGUAUUGGGAGGAAAUAUUUAUCCAGAAAAUGGCUAUGGAGUCGAACACUUAAUUGAAGGAUUAUCUCAGUCUAAUGGCUUUCUUCAGAAUUUAGACACGAUUAAUCUUUAUAAAUCUAAAAUCGAUCAAGAAUAUGUAAAAGAAAAAACGAAAGACUAUGUUGAUAGUGAAAAAUUUACCUUUAUGCCUCCUGUAAAGGAAUAUUAA